AUGCCGGAGACUGCUGAGGAAAAGGUUCUGAAGUACACAAAGUGCUUGAUGGACGGGAAUGAUGUGAGUUUAGGGAAAGUGUGGGGAGAACCGGCUGAUGGAAUGGGAAAUGUGACAAAGAAGAAGAAACAUGACAUUUUUAGUUUUUAAGUGAAUUUAUCUGGUCAGACAUUAGCUUUACAAGAUUAUCAGUCUUAGUAUUUGGAGCCGAGCGGAUAGAGGUAGACAAAAUAAAUUAAAAUUGGUGGACAGCAGAAAACGGAACUAAAAUAUUUGACACCUCUUCGUAUUGCAAGCAGUUCGUUUCGCAACUAGUGCAUCUCGCAACUGUUUUUUGUAACCAACACGGUCCGCAGUUUUUGCAUUUCACAGCUUCUAUGUUUUGCAACUAGCCUGGUUCGCAACUAAUACGUUUCGCAACCAGUGGAACUAACAUCAUGUUGCGAAACGAAGAGGUCCCAAAAAUUCAGAGGAAAAACAUUCAGUGUCUUUCUUCAAAUUUAAAGCGAAAUCAGAGUUUUCUGAACCUGAAAAUGUCUUUCAUAUGUAUGAGAAUGAAUACUGCUCUUCAAUCGCUCUAUUUGCAGGUGAAGCACGCAUUGAGACGACUUACCAAUACACAAGCACCGUCGGAUGCCUAUCGGGUUGCAGACACGUACCGAUUCAUCCGAAGAUACGAAUCUGUUCCCGAUUUCUCAAAGUACGCGAGCAGAUUGCGUAAGAAACUGGACGACAUGGGCUUUCCGGAUCCGAAGAAACAAAAGCUGCAUUUGGACGGCGACGUGAACACGAACAAUCUGUUCGCACAGGCGAUGAGAAGCUCAUCUUCUUCUCCUUCCCGCACUCCAAGAGCCGCAGUCGAUUACAGCAAGUUCAAGAUGACGAAAGUGAGCGCUCAGGAGGAAAUGAUGGGACAGGACGAGAUUCAGAAAUCGCCCAGCUCGCCGCGAUGCUCAUUAUCGCCGGAACAGCCGAAACGGAGGGAUCCAAGUCAGUGCGCGCCGCGGCUUCCAUCGUCAUUUCUCAAACCGCCGAUCUUCCGCGACAUUCCGAUGAGUGCCAGUUUGCUAGCGGAUGAGAGUCAGUUCAAACCGCGCAAAGAUCGACAGAAAGUGUUCGCCGGCAAAAAGAAAACUGACGGAAAGGAGAUGCAGGUUCCGACUUUGCUCUCCAUGUGUCAGAAGGUGCUCGCUGCCAAUGUUCACUGUUAGUUUCGAAAUAAUCAGUUAGGAACAAAAGUAGAUAAGUAAAGUUAAUUUUAAGCAAUCAAUCACGUCGGAAUCGUCCCUUACGAGCUGCUAAAGCCUGCAAUAGAGGUUGCCUCCGUCAGUGAUCUCCUUCGCAUCGGCAAUGCGAAUCCGAAACUAGCCAAUGACAUGGACGAGCUGUUCCACGAUAUGGUUCGCCGCGAAUUCCCAAUCCUCGCGAAUCGCCAGCAGGACGGGCGGUCGUGGCUAGCAAUCUAUGAAGAAUCUCUUAAAAAAAAGAAGCAGAGAGAAGACUCGAAGUUAGAGAUGCUCACAAAUCGCAUCGGAAAAUCGCAAACUUCUGGCCAUCAAGGGCGGCAGACGGUAAGAGUUGGUGGGUCAGAACAAAUUAAUUGCCGGAUGUUUCAGAAGAUGAUCGACUUGCAAACGGCAGUUCGCAACAAUCCGGUCAUCAGAAGCGCGAGUAACUCACAGAUCCAGAUUCAAAGUACUCAGUCGGCGCAAAGGUUCUUGACGGAACGCAGAAAUGACAGACUGAGUAAGAAAUCUUAUGUGAAAUAGGAUAGUCCAAUAAUUUUCAUAAUUUUUCAGAAGGAAGCACUCGCCCGAACUCUAUCACUCCGCGUGCCGGAUCGGGGCCGAUUCGCAGUUCCAGAAAGGCGGUGAAGAAGGAGGCACCGCUGAUGGCGAAAUGCAGAAGGAUGAUGAAACAAUGA